AUGGCUCACGCACUCCGGGAAGGAUCUCGCUACGGUGUGUCUGUCGACCAUGCUCCCCCUCCGCCAGCGUCGAGGGAUCUCGAGCAGUGCACGGACCAAAACCGCUCACCACGUCAUAACGUCAUCGGUGUCAUCCGGUUUGUCCGUCCGCGCUUCACUGCGCUACGUAGUCGGGGAGGGAAUGGGGGGAGGAGUGCAGAAUUCAUGACAUGCCCGGGACCAUGGGAUGGACGCCGAGCACCAUAG